CUAGGGCAUCUGCAUCUCUGGUGGUGGCGUCGCAGCGGCAGCAGUAGCUGAAGUAGAAGCGUCGGAGAUGAAGAGCAUACUGUCUUCGGAGACGAUGGAGAUCCCGGAAGGGGUCAAGAUAAAGGUGAAAGCGAAGUUGAUAGAGGUGGAGGGCCCGCGCGGCAAGCUGACCCGUAAUUUCAAGCACCUUAAUUUGGACUUCCAGCUGAUCACUGACGACGAAGGCAAGAGGAAGCUCAAAGUCGAGGCAUGGUUCGGCUCCAGGAAGACCUCCGCCGCCAUUCGGACCGCUCUCAGCCACGUCGAUAACCUCAUCACCGGCGUCACCAAGGGCUACCGCUACAAGAUGCGCUUCGUCUACGCUCACUUCCCCAUCAACGCUUCCAUCACCAACUCCAACCGUUCCAUCGAGAUCCGUAACUUCCUUGGCGAGAAGAAGGUCAGGAAAGUGGACAUGCUUGAAGGUGUCUCAAUCCUUCGAUCAGAAAAGGUCAAGGAUGAACUCAUUUUGGACGGGAAUGAUAUCGAACUUGUUUCACGUUCCGCGGCCCUGAUAAACCAGAAAUGCCAUGUCAAGAACAAAGAUAUCAGGAAAUUCCUUGAUGGUAUCUAUGUCAGUGAGAAAGGCAGAGUAGCUGGGGAAGAUUAAUUCCCAUUUUAUUAUAAGCAAGCAAUGGCUUAAUAGCGCUAGUCGUUUUUAAUUCUACAUAUCAAGAAAAUGUUGGCUUCCCCAAA